CCAGCCAAACGGCGGCACUGAGCCCUUAUCCAAGAUUAUGUACGAAAAUCCGCCCUAAUAAUUAACAAAACCCUAAUAAACCCAGCAAUUUGGUGAUUAAAUUUUGGGUUGGCGGCGCUGUCGCCAAAUUCAAAAAUGUCAAAAUUCGCCUAACCUAAAACCUGCCCGAAAAUGCGGCUUUUGCGGCCUUUCCGCGCCUUGAAAGCCUUCCGGCGCCAGUUAUCGACCAUCGAGCCGGUGAAACUGGCGUACGCCUCUUACGAGAGCACGAAUUCGCCCAGUGACCACGACCCGGCCCCCUUGAUAGUCAACCAUGGCCUGUUCGGCUCCAAGUCGAAUUGGAACAGUUUGUGCAAAGUGUACCACAAUAAGACCAACCGCAAGGUCAUCGCAGUCGAUGCGCGCAACCACGGCGACAGCCCCCAUACGCAACAGCACACCUACGAGCACCUAGCGCUCGAUUUGCGCGAGCUUUUGACGCAGCUCAAGUUCGAAAAGGCGGCCUUUUUGGGGCACUCGAUGGGCGGCCGUGCUGUGAUGUAUUUGGCUUUGAAAUACCCUGAACUUGUAGAUAAAUUAAUCGUGGCGGACAUUUCCCCAGUCACCACGAGCCCCAAUUUGAAGACAAUGCCGGGCCUUUUUAACGUUAUGCAAAAUUUAAACAUGCCCAAAAAUGUGUCAAUGUCAGUGGCGAGGUCGCAGACUGAUUUACAAUUGGCUAGGUUUAUUGGUGAUAAGGGGUUGAGGAAUUUUCUGUUGACGAAUUUGGUGCAGAAAUUGGACGGCAGUUACAUGUGGAGAAUAAAUAUACCGACUUUAAUGGCCAGUUUUGAAGAAAUUGCCACUUUUCCCCCCAUUAAUAAAUACAAAUUUGAGGGGCCUGUCCUAUUUGUAGGGGGCGGAGCGUCUGAUUAUAUACAGAAAAGUGACCACGAACAGAUACUGAAGUUAUUCCCCAAGGCCCAGUUUCAGUACAUAGAAGGAGCAGGUCAUUGGUUACACAGUGAAAAACCGUCGGAGUUCCUCCAACACACAGUCGACUUUUUAAAUAAAUAAAUAAAUAAAUGGACCGAACUUAAUCAGUCAAUGGUAUAUUUUAUAAAUAAAUGCACAAUUUAGAACACA